AUGGCAAUGCGAAUCUACCACCGCCGUCCCCGCCGGUACCACUGGCCGGAACUCCAACUCAACAUCUGGAUCCUAGUGGUUCUCUCAUCCUCCGCAAUCUGCCUGGGCAUAUUUGCCUGGUUCAUGACAGUCCAAAAUGAUCUGGGAUUAGAAGUUCCUUGGUACGCUAACCCCCAAUUCCACCCACCCUCAACCCUUCAACCUACUAUACUAACCCCAGAGGACGGGAUAGCGCUUUCUCCUUCCGGGGAUAAUCAUAGUAGGGGGGUUUAUUCUCUUCGUGCUGUGGUUGACGGGCCUGGUGGAGACAUCGCUCCAGCUGUAUGGGGUUGUCGCGAACGUGAAUGA